AUGCGAGCGAUCGAAGGGCACGCGCUGGGCUACGCCUGGGCGUUCGCCGCGUCGCUCGCGAACGCGUCGCAGGACAACUUGAGGAAACUGGCGUCGAACCGGGUGAAACAACCAAUCGAGAUCGUCGCGCUGAGCGAAGUGUUCAACGUCGUCGCGCUGGCGUGCGCGGUCGGCGCGAGUGGGAAGUGGGGGAAGUUCGCGCGGUACGCGCGACGAGGGGAUCUCGUGGCGCUGGCGGCGGCGGCGGGAUGGUUGAAGGCGUUGAGCGCGGCGCUGUUGCAACGGGCGCUGCGGUUGACGCCGUUGUCGCUGUGUGUGCCGUACCUGGCGUUCACGCCGCUGUGGUUAUUGGUGAUUAGCUUUUUCUUAGUGCACGAGACGCCGACGUUGCGUGGAGUGUUGGGGGUGAUGGUGAUCACGGUCGGGGCGUACAUGUUGAACGCGAACAGCGCGGCGCCGGAGAAACUGGAAAAGAGUCCGCGGUUGGAGGAAGGGCUCGUUCGCGGCGGUGGUGGGUCUUCUGGACGGGUUCGGAGUGCGAGAGAGUCGCUGGAAUCGCUCGCGACGCCGCCGACGAACGGUGCGGGUUGGAUGUCUAUAGCGUUUAGCGAAGCCGCGGCGUCGUCGUUUCGCGAGGAGCGUUACGGUGUGAGGUUGGGAUGCGUCGGGCGAUCAGUUGCGAGGCAGGUGACGACCUUGCGCGCGAAUCCUGGGAGUUUAAUCACUCUCGGCAUCGCCGCCGUCUACGCUCUCGUCGCUGAUCUCGACAAGCUCGGUAAAUUGCACUCCGACGACUUGCUCGUGUUCAUCUUUUUGCAGAGAUGUUUCCUAUUGGCGCCACCUCUGACGUACGUCAUGGUGAAAAAUCCAGCAGCCUUCAACGUUUUCACGAAAACAAAGAAGGUUGGCUGCGCGUUAGCUCUCAUAGGUUUCCUCGACAUCGCCUCCAUGUACGCCUUCCUACAGUCGCUGAACUACAUCUUCACGAGCUACGCCGUCGCGGCCAAGCGUACGAGCAUCCUAGCCAGCGUCGUCGGCGGCGCGCUCUUCUUCAAAGAGCCCAUCGCCCGGCGAUUGCCGUAUAUAUUCAUCAUGUUCAUCGGCAUGGCGUUGAUAUUAAUCGCCGAUGCCGACAAGCAUUAG